AGUCCACUGUCGCAGAGCACAAUGAAGGUGCAUGAGUCUCAAGUCCGUGACAUGAAAUUUUUCGUCAUGCUUCUCGUUUGCUCAGGCUCGUGUUCGUGUUUUUGAGAGGACCGUGUCCACGUAAAAAAGACGAUGGCUUCGGCUUUGCAGUGGAUCCCGGACACUCUUUACAACAUUGCCAUAAAUUGGUUCGUCUCUAGUCAGAAUGUGGAUCGGGGAGAGCUCCGCACCUUCCCUGAAAAUGUCCAGUUCGACGUCUAUUACAAGCUUUACAAGACAGGACGAUUAUGUCAGUUGGGAUGUGAAUUGUGUGAUCUGGAAGUCUUCACCAGGAUGCUUCGAGUUACAGACAAAAGACACCUCCUGCACCACUGCUUCCAGGCUUUGAUGGAUCAUGGCACAAGGAUCGCAAAAAUCUUGGCUGAUGCUUACCUCAGCAAAUGCCAUUCAGACUUUGCUGAAAAAUCAUCGGCUUAUGCAGAGAAGAUCAUCCGUCAGGGUCUUUCACUUGGUGGGUUUUUGAGUGAUGCUGGCUGGUUUGCCGAGAGUGAGCGAGUCCUUAUGGGUAGCCUUGAAGUGUGCCGUGUCUCUGAGGACCCAUGGCACCUCCUGCACUCACUCAAAUGCUGCCUUCGCCUUCUGCAUGUACAAAAUGCUUACAGCUGCUUUGUGGAUGCAGAGAAGACACGCAAGGAAGCCGAGUAUUACAUAGAAAAGCUUAGGGCUCACAGUUCAGAGCCAAACCUAGCUGGGCUGUACACUGAAUCCUCCAUUUUUUAUUUCAUCAAAUGCCAGUAUGACAAUGCAUAUUCAUGGGCCAUGGAGUCUCUUCGGCAGCUAGUGGCCAACCUCCCCAUCCGCGUCCUAGUUGAGUCCCUAUGCCAGGCAAGCAAGGUAUGUGUCGUGAAGAGGGAGUUCUCGCGGGCCGAGAUGCUCAUCCGACAGGCCUUGGCACUCGCUAAGGAUGGGUUUGGGGAACAGCAUCCCAAGUAUGCUGACUGCCUCAUGGAUUAUGGUUUCUUUCUUCUGAAUGUUGAUCGCAUCAAUCAGAGCUCUGAGGUGUACCAGGCUGCCCUAAAUGUGAGACAAGCUGUGUUUGGAGGGAAAAAUCUGUAUGUGGCCCUUGCUCAUGAAGAUGUUGCUUACUCUCUCUAUGUGAGGGAAUAUAGUUCAGGACACUUUGCUGCUGCCCGGGAGCAUGCAGAAAGGGCUAUGAGCAUGCUGCAGCUGCUAAUUCCUGAGAACCACCUCCUCAUGGCUUCCACACGACGUGUAAAAGCACUGAUCCUGGAGGAGAUCGCUAUUGACAACCAGGACAAGGAGUCAGAGCAGCGUCUCCUUGAGGAGGCAGAAGAGUUGCAUGUGUCUGCCCUGCAUCUGUCCCAGCAGGCAUUUGGGGAAAUGAAUGUCCAAACAGCCAAGCACUAUGGGAAUCUGGGUCGGCUUUACCAGAGCAUGAAACGGUUCGAGGAUGCUGAGCGGAUGCAUUUGAAAGCAAUCAGGAUCAAGGAGGUACUUCUUGGCCCACAUGAUUAUGAGGUUUCUCUAUCUGUUGGGCACCUGGCUUCUCUCUACAACUAUGAUAUGCAGCACUUCCAGAAAGCAGAGGAGCUAUAUCUUCGAUCCAUCAACAUAGGCAUUAAGCUCUUUGGGAACAGCUAUUCGGGACUGGAGUAUGACUACCGUGGCCUGCUCCGUGUCUACUCUCGCCUUGGUGAGAUUGAACGUGCUGCCCACUACACCUACCUGCUGAACCUGUGGAAGUUGCUGCGUGAAGAGCAUGCCGAGCAUCUUCCCCCUGCCCUGGAACUUGAGAAGCCUCAACCCCUUGACCUCUUCAUCAAGAAAGUCCUGGAUGGCAACUGAACCAACACUAAUCUCUUAUGUCAAUUAUGAAACUGAAUCAGCAUUUCACUCUUCCACUCAUUUGAAACACAAAUUUCUAUUACUUCUUCAUCUUGAUUUUAUUUCAUAUGUGAUGCUAGCUGGAAUCUUGUGACUCAUAAAAUCUCAUUUUAAUAUGCCACAGUGCAGCUGGCUGUAUGGGAGCACAUUACAGGUGGCAUUGGGUGCUUUCUUAACAUGCAUUUCACUAAUCAGAAGUACCUUGUAACACUGAAUCUCUCAAAAGUCACUCAAUUUGGAAACUUGCACUCCUCAGUUGAUCAGUUCAGUGUAAUCCAUGAUGGACUUUAGGAGUUGGUGUCACAGGGAUGAUGUCACAGUUGCUUGUGAUAUCCAGAUGCCCUUACAGUCAUGCAUUGGCUGUUGGUCAUUUGCCUCAAGAUUGGGGUGUUCAACUGCAUAUUGUCAGUAUAGUUUAAGGGAGUACAAUUUCCUUUCUGGUCCAGGUUACUCCCAUUGAUGGUGGUAAAUAUGAGGGGAAGGUCUUAUAUGGGGUGAGCACAUCAUUGUCAUGCGCUAUGAAAAUGCAUGUUUUUGUGACUGCUCCCCAGGUAUCCCUGUCUGACCAAGACAUGAAAUGCCCAGUUUCAAUUAUGAUUCAGAACGUGUAUUCUCUUUUUUCGAGCAUUGGAGAAAAUCUCUUGUUCUUCAAUUGAAUAAAGUUUGCUGU